AUGGCUCGUGGUGUGUGGGUCGUCGCCUUCGGCUGCAUGUGCCUGUGGGCGCUGAGUGGCCACAACUUCGUGAACGGGCCAGCCACGCAGGCUCGUGAGGUCUCCGUGGCUGUAGCUUCGGAGAUGGAGAUGCCAGCUGAAAGGCCCGGCUACUACCCAGUGGGCAACGCAAAGAGGACGGCACCCUAUGGUGAGCGUGACCCUCUGCCCGAGGGUUACGGCAUCCGCACUGGCCUGUCGGACCUUCUGAAGCCGCUGAAUGCCGAGGCGGGCGUCGUGGCCAAGGAGGACAGCAUCCCCACCGUGCUCGUGAUGGUUUUCGGCAUCGUUAUGCUGUUCUUGUUCUACCUGCUUCUCCUUCUGCUCGACAACCAGUCCGUGCUGUUGCCGCCCGAGGACGAGUUCGACGAAUACGUGGAUUUGGAUGUUCGGUGCAUCUGCGGCCAACUUGGUUUGCAAGGGACAUUUUUGAGGGACGUCGCCCAAGCUCCCGCUAUCGUCCUGGCGUUGCAGAUCAUGGCUCGUGGUGUGUGGGUCGUCGCCUUCGGCUGCAUGUGCCUGUGGGCGCUGAGUGGCCACAACUUCGUGAACGGGCCAGCCACGCAGGCUCGUGAGGUCUCCGUGGCUGUAGCUUCGGAGAUGGAGAUGCCAGCUGAAAGGCCCGGCUACUACCCAGUGGGCAACGCAAAGAGGACGGCACCCUAUGGUGAGCGUGACCCUCUGCCCGAGGGUUACGGCAUCCGCACUGGCCUGUCGGACCUUCUGAAGCCGCUGAAUGCCGAGGCGGGCGUCGUGGCCAAGGAGGACAGCAUCCCAACCGUGCUCGUGAUGGUUUUCGGCAUCGUUAUGCUGUUCUUGUUCUACCUGCUUCUCCUUCUGCUCGACAACCAGUCCGUGCUGUUGCCGCCCGAGGACGAGUUCGACGAAUACAUCAUGGCUCGUGGUGUGUGGGUCGUCGCCUUCGGCUGCAUGUGCCUGUGGGCGCUGAGUGGCCACAACUUCGUGAACGGGCCAGCCACGCAGGCUCGUGAGGUCUCCGUGGCUGUAGCUUCGGAGAUGGAGAUGCCAGCUGAAAGGCCCGGCUACUACCCAGUGGGCAACGCAAAGAGGACGGCACCCUAUGGUGAGCGUGACCCUCUGCCCGAGGGUUACGGCAUCCGCACUGGCCUGUCGGACCUUCUGAAGCCGCUGAAUGCCGAGGCGGGCGUCGUGGCCAAGGAGGACAGCAUCCCCACCGUGCUCGUGAUGGUUUUCGGCAUCGUUAUGCUGUUCUUGUUCUACCUGCUUCUCCUUCUGCUCGACAACCAGUCCGUGCUGUUGCCGCCCGAGGACGAGUUCGACGAAUACAUCAUGGCUCGUGGUGUGUGGGUCGUCGCCUUCGGCUGCAUGUGCCUGUGGGCGCUGAGUGGCCACAACUUCGUGAACGGGCCAGCCACGCAGGCUCGUGAGGUCUCCGUGGCUGUAGCUUCGGAGAUGGAGAUGCCAGCUGAAAGGCCCGGCUACUACCCAGUGGGCAACGCAAAGAGGACGGCACCCUAUGGUGAGCGUGACCCUCUGCCCGAGGGUUACGGCAUCCGCACUGGCCUGUCGGACCUUCUGAAGCCGCUGAAUGCCGAGGCGGGUGUCGUGGCCAAGGAGGACAGCAUCCCCACCGUGCUCGUGAUGGUUUUCGGCAUCGUUAUGCUGUUCUUGUUCUACCUGCUUCUCCUUCUGCUCGACAACCAGUCCGUGCUGUUGCCGCCCGAGGACGAGUUCGACGAAUAUGUGGCAAAUUUCCUCCCAUACUUCUUCUUCGGUGAGAAGUGA